UAGCUAUCCGGAAAGCAUCAGUACUAGUUGAAAUUAUUUCGUUUACCUACAAUGUAAAUACUCAGGUAGACGGUGGAGUGCUCAUUGAUCAGUUAAUGUUUCGGUUGGGAACAACAAACAACACUGUUGUAGAAUCAAAAGUCAUUGGGUCAUACCUACAUAGUAUCGAUAAAAAGUGUAUUGUGUUUGUGGAAGGGUGUUGACUUUUUGUUUAUUGCCAAGCAGAUUCCAAAGUCCAUCGAUCAGCUUAAACAUUUCUAUCGCCAUAGGUUCAUCAGCGGUCAAAAUCACUAAAUUAGUGAAGCAGAACAUUGAUCGAAAAUGAAUCGUGACAGUAUUUACCAUCUACCCGAGGGGUGCCAAGAAUCUACCUUUUGUUACGAUGAUUCACUGCCGGCUCUUCCGUUGCCCAAAUUGGAAGACACACUUCAACGGUACUACGAAUCUUUGAAACCAUUUGGCACUGAGGAGGAGCUUAAAAACUCAUUGGAUGUUAUAAAGAAGUUCAAAAAUGGUAUCGGAGCGAAAUUACACCGCAACCUUGAGGAGAAAGCCAAACAUGAAAGAAAUUGGGUUGAUAAAUGGUGGGAGGAUUAUGCCUAUCUAACGUUGCGUAUGCCGUUGAUGCCCUAUUGUGUAAUGGCUCAGCCAUUGAUGUUUGAAGCAGUUGGACUCGAUCCAAUCCCGGAGAACUUUUUGAAAAGUGCCGCACUGUGUUCUACAAUUAAUAUGCAAUUCUGGAAAUUGUUACGAGCUGAAAAAUUAAGACCUAUUGUGAGUGCCGAAAAGAACAUAAAGUUUUCUUCAGAUCUCUAUAGACGCCUGUUCAAUACGGUUCGAACUCCAGGCCUAGAAAUGGAUAAAAUAGAGAGCUAUUUUAAAACUGAAAAGGAAGGCCAUUGUCCCUCCCAUAUUUUAGUGAUCUAUAAAGGAAGGAUAUUUAAAAUCGAUGGUCUUUUUGAAGAUGGGGAGAUUCUGGCUCCACAGGAUUUCUUGUUAUGUUUCCAGCAAAUACAGCAAAGGGUAGAUAGUGAAGAAACCAGUGACACAGGAGUAGCACUGUUGACUAAUGACGACAGAACCACGUGGGCGCGCAAUCGGUCACACUUGCUAGAACUUUCCAAGAACAACAAAAACGUAAUGAAGGAUAUAGAGAGUGCCAUUUCUUUGUUCUCAUUUGAUACCCAUUGUCCGAAUGAUCAUUCGGAAGUGGCAGCCAUCACAUUGGCUGGUGAUUUACAGUCGAGAUGGGCGGACAAAAGUUGCGCAACGGUAUGUUUCAAAAAUGGAAAAAUGGGUUGUAUAGGGGAACAUUCCUGUUACGAUGGAACGAUUUCCAUGUCGAUGAGUCUCUACGCUAUGCUCAGCAUAUUUGAAGAUGGAAUUCCCGAUUGGACAAUACCUCCGAGGAAGUUGGUACAACCAGUUGAACUAGUAUUUGAUUUGGACGAAGAAAUUCGACAAGAAAUCGAUCGGAUGUGGGAGGUUUCUAAUAAAGUGCAAAAUUGUGUCUCAGUCACUGUAGACCAAUUCACCGGAUAUGGCAAGGAGUACAUGAAGUCGAAGAAACUUCAUCCGGAUUCUUGGAUUCAGACUGCGUUGUUGCUGGCCUAUUAUAGGCUUCAUCGUUCUUUUGCACCCACAUACGAAACAGCAAUGAUGCGUCAAUACUAUAAAGGAAGAACAGAGACUUGUCGCUCUUGUAGCAUUGAUUCAGUCAAUUUUAUCAAUGCUAUGGAAAACCCUCAGGAGGCGAUCAGUGUUAAAGCUAAAUUAUUCCGAGCCGCGGCGAAUCGACAAAUGGACCUUAUGAAUGAGGCUAGGAAAGGAAACGGUUUUGAUAGACAUCUGUUUGGUCUAUGGUGUGUGGCGUACGAUCAAGGGCUGCCGAUUCCUGAGCUAUACGAUGACCCACUGUACAGCAAAAGUGGCGGAGGUGGCAAUUUCAUUCUGUCAACUAGUACACUAGGUUUUACAAUCAACUGCGGUUUUGUGGCACCCAUGUGCAUGGAUGGAUACGGUUGCUUCUAUUCAAUGCUAAGUGAUAAUGUUUGGUCUAUCAUGACUGCUUAUAAGGAUUCUGAAGUCACAAGCUGUCAUAAAUUGCGCGCCGCGUUCCAUCAGGUAAUGGAAGACAUCAGAAGCGUGCUGGAUGCUGAACAACAUGCCAAUCUUUAAUCCAUAGAAGAACUUGCAUUAUACAAAUUCGACGGGUAUUAGGUGCAAAAUAUUGUAGUAUGAUGGUAGGUAUUUUUACAAUAUGGUAGGAAGGUGAUUAAAAAUGUAUAUGAAAAUAACUCAGUAUGAGAUAAUCGUUUCAUGGAAGUAGAAUGCAAAGCAUCGACGUAGAAAAUACUGUUUUCAAUAUUUGACUCCAGGUUUUAAAAGCAA